CCAAUAAGAGCUCGGAUUCAUUUUUCUAUCUAUGUUCCAACUCCAACUUAAUUACCCUGUCCAUGUUCUCUCCCUCUUUACCAGCUUGCUAGAUUCGUGGACUUGGAAAUUCCUUCUUCAAUGGCUCAAAUUGCGCUAAUUGCUCCAGCCAGCGUUAUAGCUAUUGCUGGAAGGGGGAAACAAUUAGUUUCAUACAGAAGAAAGAAAGUGGGUUUGGCAUCGGUGGUUGGGUGCUGUAGGAUGGGCGGAGACAGAAAGACGAGGGUGGUGGUUAAGGCAUCGGAAGGAGGAGCCAUAUCUCUCCCACGUGCUUGGUCACCACACAAGGGUUCCGAAGAUCAAACCGGAGGCACCAAAAUGAAGGGUUCGAACCGGUUGUUCACGGUGGGGUUGGUGGCCGCGUGGUACUCCUCCAACAUUGGCGUGCUUCUGUUGAACAAGUACUUGCUCAGCAACUACGGCUUCAAGUACCCAAUUUUCCUCACCAUGUGCCACAUGACCGCGUGUUCCUUGCUCAGUUACGUGGCCAUAGCGUGGAUGAAGGUGGUGCCGUUGCAGACAAUUCGAUCCAGGGUGCAGUUCUUCAAGAUCUCUGCUUUGAGCCUCGUUUUCUGCGUCUCCGUUGUGUUUGGGAACAUUUCUCUUCGCUACCUUCCUGUUUCGUUCAACCAGGCUAUUGGCGCCACCACGCCCUUCUUCACCGCCGUUUUUGCUUACCUUAUGACGUUCAAGAGGGAGGCUUGGCUCACGUAUCUCACCCUCGUUCCUGUCGUCACUGGGGUCAUCAUUGCCAGCGGGGGUGAACCGAGUUUCCAUCUAUUUGGAUUUAUCAUAUGUGUGGCGGCUACGGGUGCAAGGGCUCUAAAAUCAGUGCUACAAGGGAUUUUGCUUUCUUCUGAAGGAGAGAAGCUGAAUUCUAUGAACCUUCUCCUUUACAUGGCACCAAUGGCUGUGGUUUUCCUUCUUCCUGCAACGCUUAUAAUGGAAGAGAAUGUGGUUGGGAUCACGUUGGCUCUUGCCAGAGAUGAUUCCAAGAUCAUUUGGUAUCUGCUGUUUAAUUCGUCUCUUGCAUAUUUUGUCAACCUGACCAACUUUUUGGUCACGAAACAUACCAGUGCUUUGACCCUUCAGGUACUUGGAAAUGCUAAAGGUGCUGUAGCAGUAGUGGUUUCAAUUCUAAUAUUCAGGAACCCUGUGUCAGUCACUGGAAUGAUGGGUUACUCACUCACAGUCUUUGGAGUUAUACUCUACAGUGAAGCCAAAAAGCGAAGCAAGUGAUACUAAUGCAUCAUUCUUAUCAACUCAGCAUUGAACUUACAAUAUAGUUUCUGUUACUGCACACACAAGCUCACGAUUCCAGGAGGCAAAUUUGUUUAGCAUGCUAGUGAUCAGAAUCCAGAGUUUUCUUACACUCUAAUAUACAAUUUUUUUCCCCACACAUUCGGCCUCAUUGAACGUGUUCCUCAUUGUAAUAGCGACGGUGCAGAAGUAGCCCACA